CACAUUACGAUUAGUUGGUGUAGUAAAAUUUGAAAUUUAUGGAGAUUCACAAAAUUCCGUUGAAAUGAUGUUUUUCCUCCAAAUGAAAGAAGGAGGAUGAAAUGGAAAUGUUUGCGCGGCUCGUUUGAAUUUCUUUUCUCGAUAUUCGUACUGAACAUCGAAAAUUUUAUUGUCACAAUAUGCGUUCUUAACAUUUUCUUUUCUUUUUUUUUUUUUUUGACUUCAGACGAGAAAUAUUCGGUUACUAUUUCACCUGCAUUUUUGAUAGAGUUUGCACAUCAGUAAUUUUUAGAUAAGCACUUUUAUCGUAUUUGCAAGGUAUCGUUGUUAUCUCUUAAUGUGAUUGAAUUGAAAACAAUAGGUGUAUAAAUGUUUCCUUAAGGUUUUUAUUUUUUCGCCUGCUUUUGUUCAUAAUGGCUUUUAUGAUUCCCCCUCCUUCAUCAUUACUCUUACCUCUUCAUAUUCCUCAAAAACUUCUUUUGGGCCCUGGACCAUCAAACUGUUCGGAAAAUAUAUUGAAAGCAUCUUCUUUCCAGAUGCUUGGUCAUUUAGAUGAAGAUUUUCUGAAUAUAAUGGAAGAAGUGAAAAAUGGAAUCAAAUAUGCUUUUCAAACAAAUAAUCCCAUGACUUUUGCGGUCAGUGGAACAGGACAUUGUGCAAUGGAAGCAGCCCUUUGUAACAUUUUGGAGCAGAGAGACGUCCUUCUUGUUGCAUCAUCAAGUAUUUGGGGAGACAGAGCUGUUGAAAUUGGAAGACGAAUAGGUGCUGAUUGUUACCAAUUAAGCAUUGAAAGUGGUGAUAUCCUUAGUGUAAAUGAAUUAGAGAAGGCUUUGAACAAUUUCCUGCCAAAAGCAGCUUUUUUCUGUCAUGGCGACAGUAGUACUGGAGUGUUACAACCUUUAGAUGGGUUUGCUGGUGUUCUCAAAAAAAAUAAUUGCCUAAUGAUUGUUGACUGUGUGGCUUCAUUAGGAGCAGCUCCAGUAUUCAUGGACCAGUUAGGCAUAGAUGUUUUAUAUAGUGGCUCACAAAAAAUACUGAAUGCCCCUCCUGGAUUAUCACCUAUUAGUUUUAGCAAUAAUGCUGUAGAAACUAUAAAAAAAAGGAAAACUAAAGUUACAUCUUUUUAUAUGGAUGCUUUAUUGCUUGGAAAUUACUGGAAAUGCGAUACAGAACCUACUGUAUACCAUCAUACAGCUCCAAUAAGUCUGAUGUAUGCAUUAAGAGAAGCACUCUCAAUACUAGCUGCAGAAAAACUUGAGAACUGUUGCAGAAGACAUCAAAUAUGUGCUGAAUUAUUAUAUAAAAAGCUGGAACAAAUGAAUCUGACUUUAUAUGUGCCGAACAAAUCUCAUCGUUUGCCAUCUGUUACGACUGUUAAAAUCCCUCCUCAUGUAGAUGGGCAAUCUGUAAUUAUUUAUUUGAAAAAAAGGUGUAAUAUUGAUAUUGCUGGAGGUCUUGGAUCAACAAAAGGAAAAGUUUGGAGAAUUGGUCUAAUGGGUCAAAAUUGCUCAGCAAAAAACGUUGAACUACUAUCAGAAUCUCUACAAAAAGCAAUAAAAUCAAGUGAACUAAAAAGUUCUUUGUAGGUGUAUUAUAUUUUAGACAGUUUUCUCAAUACUACUCUGUUAAUUUGGAAUAAUUAAGAGCAGUAUGAAGUAAAAGAUGCAUUAUUUAUGCUUAGUUUUAUAUCUUUGAAAGUUUAAAUCUACCGAUAUUCUUUGAACCCAUUGUAAGAAUAGUUAUGA